GUAAAAUAAGACUGUCAGAUCUCAUAAGCUGGCUGCAGCGCUUGCAACUUAAUGAUAAGCAAUGGAACCGCAAGUAUGUCGCCUGUGCCUGCGUGGUUGUGGUUCCCAGAUGUGCCUUCAAAUCUUUAAUAGCGAUGCAGGUGAAGCAGGUGCAACAGCAGCAGCGGGUAACGUGCCAAAUGUUGCCGAAGUUCUGCGCCAGCACUUUUGGUUUGAGUUAUUACCAAACGAUGCCAUAUCGAAAGUGGUUUGCAAUGUGUGCUGGACGCAAGUUUCGGAAUUUCAUCAGUUCUACGUAUCCAUCCAAGACGCACAUGUGAUUUAUGCCAGUGCACCGAAAUUCAAACAGGAUCCGGAUCCCGAAAUUAUGUGCACCCCAUGGCCAGAGGAAGUUAUGAUGCCAGCAGAGGUGCUAACAAUCGAUGGCGAUGUCAAUAACGAUGCCAGUAACAGCAACAAUCCGCUCGAUGAACUGGACGUCGAGAUGUCCACGUAUCAGACGGGCACAGAAUCAGAUAGUAAGCCGGACAUUAAGCUGGAAAGACUGUCGCCAGAUGACUAUGUCAAGGACCAGGAUGAUGCGAAUAUGAUUGUUACUCGCAGUGGCCGAAAGUGGAAGCGAGAAACGGACACCUAUGAAAAGCUAAAGCCAGUCAAACUGAAGAAAUCCCUGCAGUCGAAGGGUCAUGACAAACGCAAGUUUCCAGCCAAGCGGAUAUUCAAGAAGCAUCAAUAUCCACCGUUCUGCAAGGAGGAUGAGGAUCUAAUCAAGCAAUAUAUUGUUAUGGGCUGUGAACUGUGCAUUUUUCUGGCCGAUGACUUCGAUGGCAUGCGGGAUCAUUUCAAGGAUAAACAUCCCAACGAACGACCCUACAUCAAAUGUUGCGGUCGAAAGCUAAGCAAACGUUGCCUUAUCGUCGAGCAUGCCAGACGUCACGAGAAUCCAGAGUAUAUUAAGUGUGACGACUGCGGCAAAGUGUUUGCCAAUUCGAGUGUGCUGCGCGCCCAUUGGCUGGUACACCAUGUGCCGGACGAGGAAUGCGACUUUCAGUGCGAGGAGUGUGGCAAGCGAUUCUCUCGCCAGAAUCUCCUGGAGCUGCACAAAGGCUCGCAUGUGCCGGUCAGCGAGCGCAAGUUCAUCUGUCAGGAGUGCCCCAAACAUAAUGCCUUUGCUACAGAAUAUCACAUGCAGGUGCAUGUUAGCAUGCAGCAUCGGAAGGCGGCAAAUGUGUGUCAUGUAUGUGGCAAGGAAAUCAAGGACAAGGCGGUCUUUGAGAAACAUGUGCGACUGCACUUUGAGGAGAGUGGACCACGCAUUAAAUGCCCUCGUCCCGAUUGUGAGAGCUGGCUUAAGGAUGAGGAUAAUUUGAAGCAGCAUUUGAGGCGCCACAAUGACGAGGGCAAAACGUUCAUUUGUAGCGAGUGUGGCAAGAGUUGCAAGAAUUCACGUGCUCUUAUCGGACACAAGCGCUACUCGCACUCGAACACAGUCUAUCCGUGCGAGCAGUGCGGCAAGACCUUCAAAAAGGAUAUCAGCCUUAAGGAACACAUGGCACAGCACACGGGCGAGCCACUCUAUAAGUGUAUCUUCUGUACGAGGACAUUCAACUCAAAUGCUAAUAUGCAUUCGCACAAGAAACGAAUGCAUCCAAGUGAAUGGGAUCACUGGCGUAAAACGAAAACGGGCAGCUCGCAGAAGAUGCUCCCCAGCGCUCAGGUCUCACAAAUGCUGAGGGAGGAUUCGGAUCCGUUUGCCAUUCCAAAUACAUCCAACGUAUUUUAGAAUAUAGUUAUCCCUCACUUAUUGUAUAUACAUUUUUCUGAAAUAUUUAAAUAAAAUGUACAUGCAUACAU